CCCGCCCGCCCGGCUGCCUUCUCCCCUCCCCUCCUCCCGAGCAGGGUCGGGUCAUCCUAGCGAGCGCCGCCCGGGCAUGGCUGAGCGAGCCGUUGUCUGCAGCGCGGAGGCGAAGGGAGCAGAUUUUACUCUUCACUUAGAACUCUAAGAAGCUUUGGAGAAUUUCUGAAAAGCUUAUUGACUGUCAGAAGUAAUAAAUUUCCAGGUUUGCUGGUAUGGGUAACCUUCUUAAAGUCCUUUCCAGGGAAAUUGAAAACAACCCACAUUUUUUCCUGGAUUUUGAAAAUGCUCAGCCAACAGAGGGAGAAAGGGAAGUAUGGAACCAAGUCAGUGCUGUGCUGCAGGAUUCGGAGAGCAUGCUGUCAGAUCUGCAGUCCUACAAAGGAGCUGGACAAGAGAUUAGAGAUGCAAUACAAAACCCAAAUGAUAUUCAGCUUCAAGAAAGAGCCUGGAAUUCAGUAUGUCCCCUGGUGGUGAGGUUGAAGCGAUUUUAUGAAUUUUCCAUCAGAUUAGAGAAAGCCCUGCAGAGCUUGUUGGAGUCCCUCACCUGCCCCCCCUACACACCAACUCAGCACUUAGAGCGAGAACAGGCCCUUGCCAAGCAGUUCGCCGCCAUCUUACAUUUUACUCUCCGUUUUGAUGAACUCAAGAUGAGAAACCCAGCAAUUCAGAAUGACUUCAGCUAUUACAGGAGGACAAUAAGUCGCAACAGAAUAAAUAAUAUGCAUCUCGACAUUGAGAAUGAAGUCAACAAUGAGAUGGCCAAUAGAAUGUCCCUCUUUUAUGCAGAAGCUACACCUGUGUUGAAAACACUGAGCAAUGCUACAAUGCGCUUUGUUGCAGAGAACAAAACCCUACCAAUUGAGAAUACGACAGACUGUCUAAGUACGAUGGCCAGUGUAUGUAAAGUCAUGCUGGAAACACCAGAAUACAAAAGUAGGUUCACGAGUGAAGAGACCCUUAUGUUCUGCAUGAGAGUAAUGGUUGGUGUUAUUAUUCUCUACGACCACGUCCAUCCUGUGGGAGCUUUCUCCAAGGCCUCAAAGAUUGAUAUGAAAGGUUGCAUAAAGGUUUUAAAGGAACAGCCUCCAGACACCGUUGAAGGACUGUUGAAUGCUCUCAGGUUCACUACAAAACACCUGAAUGAUGAAUCAACUUCAAGACAAGUUCGAGCUAUGCUUCAGUGAUGCCCUCUUUGGACAAGUGGACUUUUGUAUUAUUUAGAGAAGAUGUUUGUUUACAUAAUUUAAUAGUGUGUGGUGUUUAAAUACAUAUGCGUAUUUACCUAACAUAACAACUGUUGCUACGGUAUGUGGACUUGUAUUAAUAAAGUGACUGACUCUGUAUGGCA